GCGGGGCGGUGUCGGGGGCGGUGUCGGGGCCUGCUGGGCAGGCCGGGAACCGCGCGGGGGCGCGGGGCGUGUCCCUUGUCAAGAGCCAUGCUCGGCAGGUCCGGGUACCGGGCCCUGCCUUUGGGGGACUUUGACCGUUUCCAGCAGUCGAGCUUCGGCUACUUGGGCUCCCAGAAGGGCUGCUUGUCCCCGGAGCGGGGCGGCGUGGGGCCGGGGGCCGAUGCACCUCAGAGCUGGCCCUCCUGCCUCUGCCAUGGCCUCAUCAGUUUCCUGGGGUUCUUGCUGCUGCUGAUCACCUUCCCCAUUUCCGGCUGGUUUGCCCUGAAGAUUGUGCCCACCUAUGAGCGGAUGAUCGUGUUUCGACUGGGCAGGAUCCGUACCCCUCAGGGGCCUGGCAUGGUUCUGCUCCUGCCCUUCAUUGACUCCUUUCAGAGGGUGGAUCUGAGGACCCGAGCCUUCAAUGUCCCUUCCUGCAAGCUGGCCUCUAAGGAUGGGGCUGUGCUCUCUGUGGGGGCCGACGUCCAGUUCCGCAUCUGGGACCCAGUACUGUCAGUGAUGACUGUGAAGGACCUGAACACGGCCACGCGCAUGACGGCCCAGAAUGCCAUGACCAAGGCCCUGCUCAGGAGGCCCCUGCGGGAGAUCCAGAUGGAGAAGCUCAAGAUCAGCGACCAGCUCCUGUUGGAGAUCAAUGAUGUGACCAGGGCCUGGGGGCUAGAGGUGGACCGCGUGGAGCUGGCCGUGGAGGCUGUGCUCCAGCCACCCCAGGACAACCCGGCUGGGCCCAGCUUGGACAGCACCCUCCAGCAGCUGGCCCUCCACCUUCUGGGAGGAGGAGGCUUGUCCUCAGUGGCAGGAGGGGCCCCAGCCCUGGAGCCAGCAGACACCUUGGAGAUGGUGAGUGAAGUUGGGCCGCCUGCCUCUCACGGCGGUGCUGGGCCCAGUCCAAAGCAGCCUGUGGCCGAGGGACUGUUGACUGCUCUGCAGCCCUUCCUGUCUGAGGCCCUGGUCAGCCAAGUUGGGGCCUGCUACCAGUUCAAUGUCAUCCUGUCCAGCGGCACCCAGAGCAUCUACUUCCUGGACCUCACCACAGGACAAGGGAGGGUGGGGCGUGGGGUUCCUGACAGCAUCCCUGAUGUGGUGGUGGAGAUGGCUGAGGCGGAUCUGCAGGCCCUGCUAUGCAGGGAGCUGCGGCCCCUGGGGGCCUAUAUGAGUGGGCGUCUGAAAGUGAAGGGCGACCUGGCUGUGGCCAUGAAGUUGGAAGCUGUCCUCAGGGCUCUGAAGUAGCAGCUGUGGCUGACAGUCCAUAGCUCAGCCCUCAGUCUGACACCAAGCCAGGGGGCCAUCUUGGAGGAGGAGGCACUGACGCUGCACCUUGGAUUAUUGAGGUUUAAGGAGUUUCCGGCCCAUCUGGGAGCUGAUGAAUGGAGGCUGUGAGAGGCUGAGUCAGCCGCCCUGCCCUUCUUAUCUACAGUGGUACUCUGGCUAAGCUUUUUGCCAUUCUAGGCCCCUGCUGAGUGCCCAGCCCUGAAGUGGGUAGACAGUGCAGUGACAGGAGAGCCAGGCCAGCUCUGCUCUGCUGGCUACCUGACUGGAGAGGCAAGGCCUCCAGAGACAAUCUAUAGCAGCUGGUUGGUCCCAGUGUGAAAGAGCAAAGCAUGCGGCUCAGGUUCCCAGCUCCAGAGGUGGGGAGCAGAGAGGCCGGGUGGGGGAGAGGGGGGGCGGCCACCUGGCCAGGCGAGUGGGGGGUGGGGAUGGCCGAGAGUGGGCCUGCCCCUCCCCUGGCCCUGGUCCUGAAGAUGUCUGACUCAUCUACCAGCUCCAGCUUGCAUGCCUGCUGGGCUGGGGCCCAGGGCAGCAUGAAGGAGAGGCCCUGCCAUUCCUGUGCUUUUUACCAGAGGUUUGGAAAUCUCAAAUAAAUGUGGUGUUUACAGUG